CCUGCGGCGCGCGGGGAGGUGAGGGUGGGGGUAGCGCUUCGAAGGCCUGCGGACCCGCGGGGGUAGCGGUGAUUGAGAGAAGACCACCGGGGGCGCUCAGCGGCGGUCUGUGCUAGGCGGACAUACGGGCGUGGGUAACGCGGGAGGAUUCCGCGGGCGCCCUGGGCGACGGCGGAACCCUCGCUCCUCGGCGCGCGGGGACGCCAUGCCGCGAGCGCGGAAGAGGCCGGCGGGGGCCGCGAGGCCAGACAAGAAGGGGCCAGAAGGAAAACGUACCAAAACGGAGAACCCAGGGGAGGCAUCAGCUAAGGUGGAGAACUCCAGCCUCCAGGAGACUUCAGCCUCUAAAGACUGUGGGAAGAAUCUAAGCAGCUACUGGCUGAUGAAGUCAGAGCCAGAAAGCCGACUGGAGAAAGGUGUAGAUGUGAAGUUCAGCAUUGAGGAUCUCAAAGCACAGCCCAAGCAGACAGCAUGCUGGGAUGGUGUUCGCAACUACCAGGCCCGGAACUUCCUGAGAGCCAUGAAGCUGGAGGAAGAAGCCUUCUUCUACCACAGCAACUGCAGAGAGCCAGGCAUUGCGGGGCUUAUGAAGAUUGUGAAGGAGGCAUACCCAGACCACACACAGUUUGAGAAAAACAAUCCCCAUUAUGAUCCAUCCAGCAAAGAAGACAACCCCAAAUGGUCCAUGGUGGACGUGCAGUUUGUUCGGAUGAUGAAGCGUUUCAUCCCACUGGCUGAGCUCAAAACCCACCACCAAGCGCACAGAGCCACUGGCGGUCCCUUAAAAAACAUGGCUCUCUUCACCCGCCAGAGACUCUCAGUCCAGCCCCUGACCCGAGGUAAGAACGGCCCUUGCCUUUUGAGCACAUGCCAGAGUGACCGUGAAUUCACACGUACUAGCUGGUGAACCCCGAGCACGGUGGUUAAGGUCUGAGUCUGUCUCCCCACCUGUAACUCCCACGAGGGAGGAGCCCCCCCCGAGCUGCCCAGGGCAGCCGUGCUCGGCACCUGUCGAAACGCCCCUGAGGGUUCCGAGUGAACGACUACCUGCCUUGCGACUUGAGAAAUGCCUGCUAUGA